AUGUCCAGGCAGCUGUAUCUGGAUAACAAUUGCAAUGUUGCGAAUAGCGGGAGCUGUUGCGUGGUGCGGGUUGACGAUGAACCUUUGGUUUGGUGUCCCGGGAGGCCCCGGAGCCUGGAGGAGGGUUUCGUCUGUCUUCCUCAGGUUCUUUUUGGUACCUUAUUAGUGGAGCCGGGAUGCGAGGUUGGCCACCCACAGCCCACGACUGUCAACAGCACAACCUGCCCACAAAUUUUCAAAAUUUUCCCUGCCCGGAUGCUGCUGCGUACGUUUCAAUAUCCGUCCCAUUCAAACAAGUUGAAGCCUGAAGCCCAACAAACAACGGUCCGAAAAGUAAAGUCUCGAGCACAGCAGGUUCCAAAUUGUACCCGGUCCAACUGUCCAGGGGAGCCGUCUCCAUUGAUCCCACCAAAGGUCCAGAGUCCAGCCUCCAGCCCAGAGUCUGGAUACCUUCUCGUUUGCCCAUUCUUCAGCGUGAGGUCAUGUAUGGAGUACAUCCCCCUCCGUCACGGUGUCACCCCUGCAGCUCAGACACCGGAACAUGCAGAGCGAGGUACCGCAGUGGAUGUCCCUCUCCCAGCAGUCCCAGAGCCAUCGCUCUGCAGGGCUUCCAUCGGGAAAUCCUCCCAGAGUCUACGAAGCACAGAUCCCAGCAGGUGUGGAUGUGGAAGGCCUCAACUUGGAGGGCUGGCUAUGGCUGGGAAUUCCUCCACCAUUACGAAUUCGUUGCUUGCUGCUGCUGCCGUCUUUGCUUGCUUGCAGCUCCAUCUGCCAUGCAUCACGAUUGACCGCAGCCACCACCACCACCACCACCACCACCACGCAGCUGCUGUCCCCCGUGUUCCAAUUCCAUAUCCCAUGUGCCAAGUGGCCCAGUGCCUGUUUGACCGUCUCUGA